AUGGCCAGAAUAUAUCAAAUCGACAUCAAAACUCAAGAAAUCAAACCCUCCUCGGACGACACAUAUACCGACAUGCUCGAACUAGCAGACGACCUACCCGAUUCGUCACCGAGGUACAUUCUACUAAGUUAUCCCUUGACAUUGCCCUCGGGACGGCUCUCGGUACCGUACGUGCUGAUCUACUACCUCCCCGUCAACUGCAAUCCGAACAUGCGCAUGAGCUACGCCGGCGCCGUCGAGCUCAUGCGCGGAACCGCCGAAGUGAAUCGCGUCAUCGAGAUUACGGACGCAGAGGAUUUACAGGAGAUUGAGGAGAAAUUGAAAGGUGAAGACUGA